AUGAUAUCAGACACCCAACUCUACAGCCUCGCCAUCUUCCUCGGCAGCGCCUCCAUGCUCCUGAUCGUGCUGUACCACUACCUCGAGGUCAACGCCAGGGACCAGACGCCGCUCUCGCAGGAGCGAAAAGCGGACAGCAUACCCGCCGCUCCAACGGGUGCGGCUGUGGCUGGGGGGAAGGGGAGGAGUUGA